AUGGAUGGGAUUUAUUUGGAGUACCUGGAAAUUUUUCAGAAGGGGUCCAAUUUGUACCACGAAUUAACUGAGUUUGUUAAAGAAAUUGCCUCAUAUUUCCACCAAGAGUUACCUGGAACUCAGAUCUCCUUUCACGUACCUUGGUCUCCACACUGCAAGAACGAACUAUGUUAUGACUUUUUAGCAAUUUCACAAGCCUGUGACAUUUUAUUUGUGGCAUCCUAUGACAUUCCAAAUGACCUGCGGGAUGGUUGUGUUGCAAGGUCAAGUGCUCCCUAUCACCGGGUUUUGUCAGGAAUGUCGGAUUAUAUCAGACUGGGCAUUGACUCCAGAAAGCUGGUGAUGGGCGUUGCUUGGUACAGUUAUGACAACACCUGCAAGCGCUUUCUCGGGGUAAGAUAUUAUCGAGAAGACUAUAUGACAUAUGAGCAGAAUUAG